CUCUGUUCGUAGCGUUCGACUGCUGUUUUUGAGCUUGCGUGCUGCCCUCUACUCGAGGAAAAGUACAGCAGUAGGCUUGUUGCCGUGUGCUACGUAUCGGAGCAGCUUCGUUUGCAGAAGCCAGAGAAGGACAUACGGAGACUGCAGAGAGAGAGAGAGAGAGAGAGACAGAGCGAGAGGCAUGACUUCUGUGUCCCGUACGCUCGGAAGGUGCCUGAGAGAGACCGGGCAGGCUCUCCACCGCUUCGGACACCAGUGCCAAGACAGCACGCUCAUCAUGGAGACGUUCUCCCGACACCGACAGCUGAUGCCACUGGCGGCCUCCGCCCCCGCGGUCGCCAAGGACGCUUGGGUGGCGCCUAGCGCGACGCUGGUCGGCGAGGUGGACGUGUCCGGCGAGGCGUCGGUGUGGUACGGGGCCGUUGUAAGGGGGGACACCGGAGCAGUGGCGAUCGGCAAGGGCAGCAACGUGCAGGACGACGCUAUCCUCGGGUCUGGGGACGUGAGCGUCGGCGCUGGAGUAACCAUCGGGCAUGGAGCAAUUAUCAAGUCCUCAACCGUGGCGGACGGAUCGAUGGUGGGCAUGAAGGCCGUAGUGGAGAGCGCUACCGUAGAGCAGGGGAGCAUCGUCGCGGCCGGCGCGGUGGUCGAGCCAGACACGGUCGUCGGGGCCGGACAGGUGUGGGGCGGAAACCCAGCAGUGUACAUGAGGGACGUCACGCCUGCCGAGAAGGCGCAGUUGACCAAGAGCGCGGAGGGCUACGUGGCGCUCGCAGGGUCGCACGCGACGAGCAUUGCGGCGUAGUCAACCUAUUAGCAGGAAGGCUUGCAAACGUGAUACCUACAUGAUGUGGCGCAUUGCCACGAUGUGGUGGGACGCACGUUUGCCGCACUUUUUUUUUUGUUUUUUGUUCCGCAAUGCCGUAUCGUGUGAGGACGGUGUGGGGAGAGGGAGUAAUGUCUUUAUGCCGUGCGUGUUGCGGACCUUGUUGGAGACUGAAUCACGCGUUGGCGGUGCGAACCGUUUUUUACCUCCGUAGAUCAAGUUGCUGCGGACUUCCGCGAAGCCCGCGCCACGUUCCAGAGGUCUUGUCAGGGACGAACUACGCGGGGGUUAUUGAAGGGCUGGUCGCGUGUCUGUCCAUUGCGUGCUUUGCAGCGAUCAAGGGAUAGUGCGUGUGUGCUUUUUUCCUUGUUUGAGCUCGGGUGUGUUGCGCGAAGGGCGGAGAGGAAAGGUGAGGGCGUCGUUUGGACAGGAGAAUCAUUCUCUUGCCGCAGGGUGUGGUGGCUUCGCCGCUUGGGUGGGUUUUCUGUGUCUAGGCAGGCGUCUUCAAUGGUCCCAGGUUUUCUGAUUUUUGCGCGCGGAGGAGCAGAAGCAAUGCAAAUUUGGUGUGCAC